UUCCGCGAGUAUUCCGAUCUCAGAUCACGGCAAACCGUUGAAAGGCAGCACCGACCGUUUCGGACUUGUUCAGUGUCGUUUCGGCCAAGUGAUCAGAAGACACGUGUCAUCCGUGAAGUGGCCGAGACAUCAGUUCUUCAUCGGGUGAACCACGAUGAAGAGGCUGCAUCUGUACUUCGUUCUCCAAGUAUGCGUGCUAGUCGGCUCUCAGACAACGUUUCUGGACUCGCCGGAAAACCGUCAACUUCUUCGUCAACUUCGUACCUUCUUUCUGCGUGCUUUUGGUAACAUGGGAUCGGAACGAAGUUUUUCAUCGACGCGUAACAUUAAAAUACAAGAUGAAGUACCUCCAAAUGUUCCAUUCCCCUGCAAUGUCACAGGUGGCAGGUCUACAGAGGUACCCGAAUCGGUUCAUCGUUUGAGGCCAGGUGAUAUAGAUGUAAUCGCCGCGAUGGGUGAUUCUUUGACGGCUGGUGCUGGAGUGUUUUCAAACAAUCUACUCGAAACUGUCGUUGAAAACAGAGGUGCCGCAGCGACUAUCGGCGGCCAAGGAACCUGGCGAACAUUUCUAACACUCCCCAAUAUGAUCAAGGAAUUCAACCCAAAUUUGAUAGGUUACUCGUUUGGCAAUAGUCUACAUUUUCACGAGGCUUCGCAGUUGAACGCCGCCGAAAUUGGUGCAAUGUCCGAAGACAUGCCCUUCAUGGCUAAAUAUCUAGUCAAUAAAAUAAAAAGUAAUCCGAGGAUCGAUGUUAAGAAACAUUGGAAGCUGAUUACAUUGAUGAUUGGAAGCAAUAAUUUUUGCAUGCAACUGUGCUCGAUGCCUUCCCCAUGGUCGCUCUUGAAAGCUCACGAAGAGGAUAUGGUUAGGACUCUGAGGAUACUGAGGGAUAAUUUGCCAAGGACUUUCGUUGCUCUUAUUCCACCUCCUCACUUGAAAGCACUUGUUGAUACUCGCAACGGAAGGAAUUUUAUAGACUGCUACUUCACGACAACCAUAGAAUGUCCCUGUUUGUUUGGAUUGCAAUAUCGAGAUCGAUUACAGGAAUAUUAUGAGAUAAUGAGAAGGUGGCAGGAAUUGGAUGAACAGAUCGCCGAAUAUUCAGAAUUUCACACGAAAGAUUUCACUGUAGAAGCCGAGCUUGCUCUUAAACAUGCAUUUAUACCUCUAGCUCGUGAUGGAUUCGCAGAUUUAUCGUAUCUUGCUGGUGACUGUUUUCAUAUAAGCCAAAAGACAAAUGCGCUUUAUGCCAAUAUUGUAUGGAACAAUUUGCUAGAACCGUAUGGUAAUAAGAGCAAAGCCUGGACUCCACCAUAUGAAAGGAUUUUGUGUCCUACACCGGAAAGACCGUUCCUAAUGACUCGUCAGAAUUCGUGGAAGAAUAACAAGCUCCGAUAACAAUAGUUCCUUUAGAUAAAAAAAAAAAAAAUUUUUUUUACUUACAAAAGGAUACGAUUAAACAUUGCAUUAUUCUCAGAUAUACGAUAGAACCUUGAUUAACACUAGGUUUACGAAGAUUUCUUAUCAGAUUUCUCUUACCGAAGUGAUGCUUUAAUAAGUGAAGUCGAUUUACUAAAAUUAACCCUUUGACCGCGGGACGAUUUUUGCUGGAAGUUCUACGGGGUACGCCCAACUAAGCGAAAUUUUUAAAUUCGUCAAAUCAAUGUUUGAAUUUUUCACUAUCUCCUUAUAGAGAAUUACAAGACGAUUUUUUUUUUAUAUUUACAGUUUAUUCAUCCGACGUUUUGUUUCAAAAGUAAAAAAUGAAAACUUAGAAAUCCUUUUUCCCCGAAAUUCAAUUAGAUUUUAAAGUAUGAGUCGCUGUAACUUGACCGGAUGUCAUGUACUAAUCCAUCAAAAAGUCGGAAAUUCAUUCCCGUUUAUAAAUACUCGAUUGCAAAUAACUAACUGCCAGCUAACGAUGCUUUUCAUUUUCACUGUUAAAAAGUAUCGAGGAAAGUUUGCGUUCUAAAUAACUUCCAGUAAGACGCUCCAUAAACCUAUUGUUAAUGCAACCUUUAAACUGAUAAAUAACCAAACUGAAUUUCUGUUAUCCAUUUGUCUACCAUCCGGUGGCUAUUAUUUAAACUCAACGAAAUCUUGUCACGAAAAUAGAAUCGAGUAAAGAGGAAAUAUUAAAUCCCACUUUGAAUUAGGAAAAACGGACAAUCACAAUACGCUUUAAGUGUCAAGGAGUUUUCGUUGCGAUAAUUAAAUGAGUAAUCGAGUGAGGUGGAUAUUUCAAGGAAAAUUCGAGCAAUUACUUGCGACCAGAGAAACACAAGAUGAAUUCACCCGCAGCCUUGACAUCACAGGUGCAGAUUGCUCACAGUAUGCAAACAGUGACUAUCGGUGCAGAAUCUGUACGUUGUUAACUCGUUACUCGUUUUUGGAAGAGGAACUUAAUAAACUUAGUAAAUUAAUAAAUAUAAUAAAAAUUUGAGCAGGCAGCAGAGUUUCGAUUCGUAUUCGCGCGGAGCACUGCAAAGACAUUGUCUAAACAGCGAAAUGAAACAGAAAUUUCUACUUCGAUCAUUGUAAGAAUGAACUUCAUACUUGUAAGAAUUUUUAGUUUCGUUCUUUUGCAAUUAUUAAGGUUCUAUGGUAUUCGAUUGAAUAAGAUUUCCUGAUUCUUAUACAUACAAUAUUUAUGAAUAUAUUACAAUUUGUCGACAUUAUAUCAUUCCAGGUUACAACAGUUUCUGUGUUAUUUUAAUUACGAUUAGACAAAUAAUUAACAUUUAAAAAUCUUGCAUAAGUUUAAGCAAAAGUGCCAUCUUACAAUUUUAUUUAUGUGUACUCGUAAGCGCUAUUUAUUGUUAGUUGAUAGAAAUUCCGUUACAACUUUUUUUAUUUCACUAUUUCAUGUACGUCUUUCAAAUAAAAGUAAAGAAGGGUUUUGUUUCCUUAAAUGAAUGUAUACAGAAUUAGAAUUAAUUGUCGAAGAUCAGCGGUGGUCAUUCACUGGCAUUCUUGGUCCAUAAAUGGCCAGAAGACGCACGUGCGAGCUCCGAGAAAAAUGAAGUCCUCGGAGAUCUGUGACGAUUUA